AUGCAACAGGAAAUAAGGAAUAGUAACACUCCGAACACAGGCAGCGGAAAUCCAGUAUCAAACCUUUCGAGCGCGCUACGGCAGGUGCAUCUGGGCAACAGCAACACAACAACAGACCAGAGUAAUAUCUCUAUAGACUACACUAGCCGCGCGCCGCAGCAGCAGCCGCUGGAUGAGCUGAGCCGCGGCGCAGCUGGGGGGCCGGCUGCGGGCGGCGGCCCGGAAGGAAGCAACAUGGUCGGGGCGUCGAGCGCUGCGCAGGUGACGGCAUUUGGCGGGCCCAGUGUAGUAGACAGCUCGCGUAUUACGAAGUUUUUCCAGAACCAGCCCAUGGAGGGCUACACGCUGUUCUCGCACCGGUCGGCGCCGAACGGGUUCAAGGUAGCGAUAGUGCUGAGCGAAAUGGGGCUAAAUUACAACACUAUCUUCCUGGACUUCAAUUUGGGCGAGCAUCGCGCUCCUGAGUUUGUGGCGAUUAAUCCAAACGCGCGGGUGCCAGCCCUGAUCGACCACAGCCUAGACAACCUUUCGCUGUGGGAGUCGGGGGCCAUCAUCUUGCAUCUGGCGAACAAAUACUACCGCGAGACGGGAACGCCCUUGUUGUGGUCCGACAAUCUUGCCGAGCAGGCACAGAUAAAUUCGUGGCUCUUUUUUCAGACGUCCGGUCACGCGCCGAUGAUCGGCCAGGCGUUGCACUUUCGCUACUUCCACUCGCAAAAGGUCCCUAGCGCCGUCGAGCGCUACACAGAUGAGGUUCGUCGUGUCUACGGCGUUGUCGAGAUGGCUCUCGCAGAGCGCCGCGAGGCCUUGAUCAUGGACCUCGAUUCUGAGAACGCCGCUGCCUACUCCGCAGGAACCACGCCACUCACCCAGAGCCGCUUCUUCGACUAUCCUGUAUGGCUAGUAGGAGAUCACAUCACCAUUGCCGAUCUGUCUUUUGUUCCAUGGAACAAUGUCGUCGACCGCAUAGGGAUCAACAUCAAGGUCGAAUUCCCGGAGGUGUACAAGUGGACGAAGCAUAUGAUGCGCCGGCCUGCCGUCAUUAAGGCACUCCGCGGCGAGUGA